AUGCGCGCAAACGCACAGACGAACACGAACAAUCAGAAAAAAAAAACUUUCAUCAGUAUAAGUGAUAAGUUCAUAAAACCAAUAUUUAAAAAAAGUCUGUCUUUCUUUCUUUCUUUCUUUCUUUCUUUCUUUCUAUUCCUUUCUAAUUUUGUUCCUAUCUAUCUAUCUAUCUAUCUAUCUAUCUAUCUAUCUAUCUAUCUAUCUUUAAUCAAACCUAUCUAUCUAUCUAUCUUUAAUCAAACCUAUCUAUCUAUCUAUCUAUCUUUAAUCAAACCUAUCUAUCUAUCUUUAAUCAAACCUAUCUAUCUAUCUAUCUCUAUCUAUCUAUCUAUCUAUCUAUCUAUCUAUCUAUCUUUAAUCAAACCUAUCUAUCUAUCUAUCUAUCUAUCUAUCUAUCUAUCUAUCUAUCUAUCUAUCUUUAAUCAAACCUAUCUAUCUAUCUAUCUAUCUAUCUAUCUAUCUAUCUAUGUUCAUAUCUAUUUUUGUUCCUAUCUUUGUCGUUUUUUAUCCUCCACUACUAAAACUUCAACUUUGUCAAACAUACAGAGGCACAUAGACAUGUAA